AUGUUCGCGACGCGCCGGAACGUGGCCAUUCGGAAUGGGUUAUUCCGCUCCGAGAUACCGACAUCCGUCCUGCGUUACGUCAUUUCAAGGGAAAGAAAUGUUGACGCGACAGUUAACAUUUUGUUAUUGUCGCUAUUUAACGUACUCAGUUUUUGUUCUUUGCAGCUAGAUUAGUUGCCAUCUAGCGCAUGUCCCCAAGAUACAUCAAGCACUUUAAGAAAUUAAAUGUCCUGCACAUCCCUAUCGUCUAGAGAUCUCGCCGAAGUAUAAAGCAAGUAAACACGUUACACUUGCCCACGCCUUGUACCCUCUCUUGCCUCGCUAAAUGCUGCCAGUUGAUAUCCAGCACCUCAAUCGGUUGGGAUGAUUUAUUGCAUUCUUGUGGCAUUAAGACACGCUGUCAAAAGCUCCAAUCAGGGAGCUAUUACAGGGAGGCUUUCACCCGUUCAUGCUGAGCGGAAUUCAGACGACUGCUGGUUGUAAUUGCACAUGGUCCCAAACGUUUUGCGUUGUGAAUUGCGAAAGAUCUCGUAUCCCAUUGCGACGGAGUUGUAAGAUUUACACCUAGCACACAGUAGCUGAGACACUGUAUCCAUGUUUGCAUGCUUGCU